AUGCCCGUGCAGGCAACGCCUCGAAGUGCCCUGAAGCUACUGAUCUUGAGCUUCACAUGUGGGCUGUUUUUUCAAGGCAGGGUCCUGAGACUCAUCUUCCUGGCCUUCGCAUGUGGGUGUUACCGGGCUUGGACCGCAGCAUGCACGUCUUCGAGGUGCUUCGCAGCAGGGAGGCGAGGAGCUGAUCUACGAUACGCCAUCCUGGGCGCAGAGCCCUUCGAGCCGAAGGCCUCGAGCCUCUUAGAGUUACAGCUCCCGGAGUGCGAAGGGUUCUGGAAAGCCGUGACCGUGUUCAAUGCCGCCUGCUGGGGCGUGUCUUACAUCAGCUCCAAAGUUGGCAUCGAUGCCCUCGCGGCCGCGGGCGUGGAGGAUGCCCCGAUCGUCUUCGGCGCGCUGCGCUUCGGCCUCGCGGCCGUGCCGCUGCUUCCCUGGCUGCCCCGCUCGAGCGCGCUGGAGAGCGCGAGGGCCAGCGCCAUCGUCGGGAGCCUGAACGGGCUGUCCUAUGCGGCCGUCUUCUCCUCGUAUUCUUAUGGCACCAGCGGAGGUAAGGCUGCCUUCAUCGUCUCCCUGCAGGCACUGGUGGUGGCCGCGUGCACGUCUCUUGCGACCAAGCGGCUUCAGGUGAGUACGGUAGUCUCUGCCAUCCUGGCGGUGGUUGGCGUGGGUUUCCUGGAGCUUUCUGGAGGGCCGCUGGAGACAUCCUUCGGUGACUUGCUUUGCUCAGCAGCGCCACUUGCUGUAGGAAUUGGAUGGUAUAUCUUGGGCAACACCAUGAAAAAGUACCCAGACGACACCUUGCCUUCCUUGGCUAUUCAAUUUACAUGCUUUACUGUCCUCUUUGUGACGUGGACCUUGGUGGACGUUGCGUUGACGCGCGGGCCAUCUGGCAUAGUGGACUGGCUGGGUCAGGCCCCUUCGAUGUUGCAGACCCCUGGCCUCCUGGCCCCCCUCCUGUUCUCGACCUUUCUGGGCAACGUCUUGACGAUGCUUCUGGCCAACAGGGCCGUGCAAUUCGUCAAGGUCUCCGAGGUCUCCUUGAUUGUGGCUUCUGAGCCCCUUUGGGCUGCGCUCGCUGCGGUGCUCUACCUGGGGGACGUGUUCACGAUUGGCGACUGCAUAGGUGGCGGCUUCAUCAUCGCCGGCCUACUUUGCAACGAGCUUUGGGAGGAUGAGGGGGAUGAGCGAAAGCCAGUGCCUGGCGCCGCUCAGCGCAGCUGCCCAAGAUCUGAUGCACUGGCGAUGCCCAUGAGGAGACCUGGAGCUCGUGACCUGAAUGUGCCCCAGGCUGGAGAUUGCUGA